GCGGCCCCCGCCUCCCCCCGGGCUCUCGGGCCCCCGCCGGGCCUGGGGCAGCGCUGGCGGGAGGACGCUGCGCACGCGGCUCCCCCGCCCCGCGCGCCCGCCCCGGCCCCGCCGUUAUUCGGAUGCGGAGGCCGAGACGGGCAGCGCCGAGAGCGCGGGGGUCCCGGACCAUGCUGGGGAGCGGGCGGCGGCGCCCGGCGGACUCGCGGCCCGACCAGUGGGUGCUGGUUGCACCAGAGCCUGUUACUGAUCUUCCUAUGAAACCUGAUGGUGGACCUUUAUUUACAAGACUGCGUAAUCCAAGUACAGGGGAAGCUGCCCUCUACUUAUUCAAUAGCAGUGCACAGCAGCUGUUUGAAGUAAAAGCUUUUCAUGAAGAAUAUCGUUCUUGGUUUAUAGGUCAGACUGUUCAACAUGAUGGACGCCUAUUGUUUGCAACACCAAUGGAUCCUUUAUUUCUGGUGCUUUUCUACCUCAUAAAGGCAGAGAAAGAGAAAGGAAAGUUCCAACCACUGGAUCAAGUUGUGAUUGAUUCAGAAUUUUCUAGCUGUACGAUGUUGCUACAGUGUGCAGGAGUUAUGGACUCGCUACAUCAUGUGAUAGAAGAAAAAGAAAUUGGCAAUAAGAAAUUUUAUAAAUACAGCCAAGAGAAGACAUUGAAGUGGUUAAAGAAAAAGGUCAACCAGACAGUGAAAGUACUUAAAAGCAGCAAUGUAUGUGUGGGUGGAAGGGUGCAAUUGGCUACAUUUAUCAGCGGCAAACAAAUCACAGAUGUUAAAGAAGAUGACUACAUACGAUAUGCCCAUGGUUUAAUAUCAGAAUAUAUUCCUGAAGAUCUGAGUGUUGAGCUAUCUAAGUACUUGCAGCUUCCAGAACUUACAAGUCCAGAAGCAGAUCCCCCACUAAAGAUGUCAGUAAAAAGCCGUCAGAGGAAGAAAUGAAGAACACAAUGAGGCUUGGUUAUAUCACUUUUCAUACUCUCAGAGCAGCUUUUAAAAACUUAUAUGCUUUCUAAAAGUGAAUUCGUAGAACAAGGCAUCCCUAAGCUUUAAGAAACAGUUAAUGUAAACAGAUAACAUUGUUGAACAAGCUGUGUAUUAAUCAUAUGCAGCUUCAAAUUUUAUAGCUAAUACAAUAUUGCUCUGUAAGGCCUUUUCAGGAAGGUACUUUAAGCACAUGUCUAAAUGUAAGCAUGUGAGUAGUCCAGUGGGUCUGCUCAUGUGGUUAAAUGCUUUGCUUGGUGAGGGCCCAAGUGCUCAAGCCUACAACGUGCUGAGCACUCUGACCCUGAUCCAGCAAAGGCACAUACUCUCAUGCUUAACUUGAAAUACAUGAGCAGUCCCACUGACAGGUUUGCCUUUGUGAUAUCCAUAGAAUUCAUGCAUACAAUUAAGCACAUGCUUCAGUACUUCGCUGGAUCAAGGCCAGAGGUUUGAGAAUCAGCUCCUAAAAAUGCCGUAUUUCUGUAGGAUUUUAAAUAAUUUUCACUCUUUUAUAAAACUUCUGAUUAAGUGGUGACUAUUGCAAUUUAAUAAGAUUCGGUUACAUAUCUAUGUACAUUGUUGGGCACGUCUCUUUUGUUGUAGAUUCCAAACUCUGCUGGGAAGCAGAAUUUUCAUUACAGAUAGGAAAGCAUUAAAAAUUGGGCAAAAAAAAAAUCCCCUUGCUGCUAAAUUCUGAAUUUGGGAAUAAAUUAAAAAUCUAUUAUGUGAGUAAGGUCCACCCUCACCUCCUGAAAUUAUAGUAGUUUGAUUUGCAUCAUUCUACAAUGUUUACGCUUGAAUCAGUGUUUUCGUUAUAAAGGCAGGAGUAUAAAAAUAUGAUCAUAAGAAGGCUGAGAGCUAAUAUUUUUGUAAUGGAUAAGAUACUGAAAAUGUGCAUUUUAUGAUACUAGAACUAAACAGCAACAAAGAGUCCUGUGGCACCUUAAAGAUUAACAGAUCUUUAAGGUGCCACAGGACUCUUUGUUCCUUUUUACAGAUCCAGACUAACACACUCCCCCUCUGAUACUAGAACUAAACAGAUGGUUUUACCUUUUUACAGAUUACUCCAUUUUGUUGGAUUAUCUGGGGGAAGUGGAAAGCCAACAAAUAAUGAGAGAAUCUUAAUUUCUGUGCAUGCAUGAUAAAUUUUAGGGGACUGAGUUUCAAUCAAACUAUCCUGCUGAGAAUAUUUAGAACGUAGAUUGUAUGUGCAAGAACAGCAGCGGGAUUAUAUGAGAGGACAUAACUUCCCUAUGUGGUCCAAAACCCACUGCUUAGUAACAUUCACUGUAACUGUUUCUAUCAGGCAUAUGGUAUGUAUUUGCAAAAAUGAUUGCCUUUACCAAACUGCUGUUAACAUGAAAUUUUGCAAUAUAGAUAUUGUAAACUAGUAAUUAACAACAGUUUUAAAAUGACUGGCCAUAUAUUUUUAUGAAUCUUAACUAUGGGCCCAAUUGACCAAGGCACUUAAGCAGGUGACCUAUGUGUUUACAUAAAGCCUAAAUAUGUGUAUGAGAGUGAUGAGGUGGGUGAGGUAAUAUAUUUUAUUGGACCAACUUGUGUUGGUGAGAGAGACAAGCUUUUGAGCUUGGAACCUUGUGUCCAGCUGUGACGUGCUGAGUACCUUUCUCAGGCCUGAAGAAGAGCUCUUUGUAAGCUUGUCUCUUACAGAAGUUGGUCCCAUAAAAGUUAUUACCUCACCCACCUUGUCUCUCUAAUAUUCUGGGACCAACACGACUACAACACUGCAAAUAAAUGUAGUGUUGAGGGGGGAAAUAUUUUGGCCCAAUUCUGCAAUCAUGUGUCAUGCCCAGGGAAGUCAAUGAGAGUUCUGAGUAGAGUUGAUUGGGAUAUUUCUGGGAAACAAUAUUUCAACACGAAAGGGGGGCGGAGGGGAGAUGAUUCAAUUUUUGUUUGUUUCAGUUUCUGACCAGCUCUAGUUUUGAAUAGGAAAGAAGGAUUGGAAAGGAAAGGAUUGCAGGACUAAGCCCUUAAAUGUUUAAGACUCUUCUAUGAAAUAAAUCUAUGAACGCUCGUUUUAGAAUCCU